UAAAAUAAAUGUUGGUUUCUGUGAAUAAAAACUUAAAUCUAAAUAAAUAAAUUAAGUGGCUGUGUUUUGAAAUUAAACAAAAUAAGUAAAAUGUCGCGAAAUCAAUUACCAGACUCUUCAUCUUCACCACCAAUUAGUCAACUUUCCUUCCAUAACUUUGAUGAUGACCUUAUCAACGAUUUACCCUCUUGUGUUUAUGCAAGCCAGCAUCAUCCAAGCAAUACUAGUAAUAAUAUUCGUAUUAAUUCAAACAUUCGACAAAUUCAACACCAAUAUUUGCAUCACACAGAAUGCCUCGACUCACCAACGCCAUCAAAUAUAAAUCAUCCAGCUAAUAUAUCAAAUUACAAUUCAGCACCUUAUAAAAUCCAGAGACAACAAGCUAGCAUUCGCGAAAGGAAACGCAUCCAGAGGUCUGCUCCAACUGGUAGUAUAAAUUCAGCUUUUGACGAACUUAGAGUCCAUGUGCCAACAUUUCCAUAUGAAAAACGUUUAAGUAAAAUUGAUACUUUACGACUUGCUAUUGCUUAUAUUUCUUUGCUGAGGGAAGUUUUACAAACAGAUUAUGAUCCUUUAACAUAUGUGGAAAAAUGCUUAAGAGGAGAGAUUAAGGCUGAUCGAGCAAAUUGGAAUACCAAUCUUACUGCUCGUUUGUCUUGGAUCAAUUGGGAAAAUCUAGGCGUCCAUCCCGGUCGAAGAACUCUUCUUACUUCACUAGCGCUUUCAUCUGAUCCACUUUGUGGGCCGCACUGCGGCCCAAAUUAAAAUGAAUAAAUAACAAUUGGGCUGCCAAAACUUAAUUUAAGAACAAAAAUUAAAAAAAAAAAAAAACAAAAACCAAAGAAUAAUGAAAUGAAAAGUCUUCCUUGAAUUUGUUUGUUUUGUUUUCAUAAAUUUAUUUUUGAUUCAAUUCCUUGAUUUUUAUUUUUGUUUAAAUACACUUAUUUUAACAUCACUUAAGUUUUCAUUUGUUAUUUAAUUAAACAUAAAUUAAUAAUCUAAUAUAAUAAUUUACAUACAUUGAGCGAGACAAGAGAUGGUGAUAGAUAUGGAGUUAGACGCAAUAACAGAAUAUAAAUUAUUUCAGCAUAUUUUUAUUAUUGUAUGUGUAUAUAAUUUUUGUAUUAUAAAUUGAAUAACAAAAUGGCAUUUGUUGUUUUUUUCUUAUUAGUUUAAAAAAAUGAUAAACUUUUUUUGUUAAUUAAGAAUGUUUUAAGAAAAACAAUAUUUGUUUUUUGGAAAAAUAAUUGUAAUUAUUCUUUUCUUGUUAUAUUAUUUAAUUAUCCUUUAUUAUCUAUAAGAAAAACUUAAAACUUAACAUUUUUUACACUCGACUAGAGUUUUUUUUUAAAUUAUAAUACAAAUUAUUAAUAUAUAUUAUAAAACAC